AUGCGCACCACCCCAAAUGUCAUCGUUACCGGCACCCCGGGCGUCGGCAAAACCGUUCACUGCGAGCAAUUAGCGCAGGAUAUCGGCUUGAAGCACCUAUCCGUCAACCAGGUUGCUAAGGAGCGCGAUUGCUACGAGUCAUAUGAUGAGGAGCGUAAGAGUUGGGUUGUUGAUGAGGAUAAGCUACUCGAUGCUAUUGAAGAUGAGGUGCUUCAGGGUGGUUACUUGAUUGAUUGGCACGCUUGCGACAUGUUUCCCAAGUCCUGGAUUGAUCUUGUUGUUGUUAUCCGCUGUCCCGAUACAACUGUGCUCUAUGAUCGUCUUUCUUCUCGAGGCUACCACGAAGAAAAACUACAAGAGAACCUAGACGCCGAGAUCUUUGGCGUUCUCCUCGAAGAAGCGCGUGAAUCCUACGAUGAAGAGAUCGUGGUGGAACUGAAUAGUGAGAAGGAUGGCGAUGUCGAGAGCAAUUGCAGCCGUAUCUCGGAUUGGGUCGAUUCUUGGAAGAAACAACAUGCCGAGGGAGAGGAGGCGGAGUAA